GAGAGGGAGGGAAAGGGGAUUCGCGCGAGUCGGAUGGCCUGGCGUCUGCCUCACCCCGCGGGCCGAAGCGCGCGCAAACCUGCCUUCCCAUUCCACCCGUCCAAAACGGUCGGGUGCGGUACCUCCGGGACUGGCAGAGGGCGGAGCAGGAGGCGGCAGGAGUUCCCUCAGUCACCCGCCCUGCCUCCCGCCAUUAUGGCGACAUGGCGGUAGAAGGAGAGCGAGCAAGCAAGCGAAGCGACUGCGCAGCCGUGCCGUCCCCUCGCCUCGCACUUGAGUGAGCGCGGGGGAAUCGGGCCGAGGCGGGGAAGCGGCCUCUCAGGCGAGUGGCCGGCCGCGGCCGCUUCGCUCGCUUUCCUGUCGGCGGGAAGGGAGAAGCGGCAGAAGGAUGGCAGAAACGGCGGGGCUGAGCUCUCAAGCCGCAGCGGCGCCAUCACUCCGCGCCGCGGCGAUAGGUCCCGGAGCCUCCCCCGUCGCUGCUUCUAGGGUCCCGCAGAGAUGGAAGCACCUUCGCAGACCCGGGGCCACUAGCUGAACACCGCUUCCCGCUGCUCCUUCGGCGCUCGGGCUGGAAGGACGAGUGGCGGACGUUUCGUUCUCUACUCCGCCCCGCCGGCGGGUCCCACAGAGAGGAGCCGCAGGAGGAGGAAGAAGAAAGGAGGCGGUGGCGAGGGAAGGACCAUGGGCGCCAAGCAGAGCGGCCCUGCGGCCGCCAAUGGCCGAACGCGGGCUUACUCCGGGGGGGACCUGCCGUCCAGCAGCAGCAGCGGCGGCGUUAACGGGACUGGCGGGCGGCCGAUAGGCGGAGCGGUGAGGUACACGCAGCUGGCGCCAGGACUGCACCAUGCGGCCUCCGGCUCCUCGACUAGCGGCGGGGCGACGACGGCGGCUCCCCCUUUGGCAGCGCCCAGGAGCAGGUCUUUGGGUGGGCCAACCGCCUCCGGGACUCGUGCAGCGCAUUCUGCCUUCAACAUCCCGAACAGCAGCAGCCUUUAUGGCUCCCAGGACUCGGUCAGCAGCACUCCCGAGGAAGGGGGGCGGGAACGAGCCGCGGCGGGUGGCGGCGCAGGAGGACUCGGCGGGAGCAGCGGAGGACCCCGGCUAGUUAUCGGCUCGCUGCCCGCACACCUUUCGCCUCAUCUAUUUGGAGGAUUCAAAUGCCCAGUUUGUUCCAAGUUUGUAUCUUCAGAGGAAAUGGAUUUACAUCUUGUGAUGUGCUUGACAAAACCAAGGAUAACUUACAAUGAGGAUGUGCUGAGUAAAGAUGCUGGGGAAUGUGCAAUAUGCUUGGAGGAACUGCAGCAAGGGGAUACAAUAGCACGAUUGCCUUGUUUAUGCAUAUAUCAUAAAGGGUGCAUAGAUGAAUGGUUUGAAGUAAAUAGAUCUUGUCCUGAACAUCCUUCAGAUUAAUGGCCAAGUUUGCUGUUUUUAAAGUCUCUUACACUGCUCACCAGAAGUAAUGGAUGUGGAGUUCCAUCGUUAGAAAUUAAUCUGAAAGUGAACUUGUGUUCGUUUUGGAGUGGGAAAGAAAAGAGAUGGAACAAGCAUGGGACAAAUGAUACAAAGUGGGAUCCUCAGUGUACCAAAUGCUUACCUAAAGACAACACAGGGAUUUUGAAAAUGCUGCACAUCCUGGAAAAAUUCUCUCCCACAGACUUCAUAGAUAUUCUUUUGUAUUAACAGGCCAAAGUUACUUUCAGUUGUUUUAAGCAGUGUACUGAAACAGAAUGUUCUAACAUAAUUCCUUGAACAGAAGCUGUGUGCUCUACAUCAGUCUGGAACAUUAUACAAGGAAGAUGCCAUUUUUGAGUUGGAAUCCCCUAUUUCUUUAUCCCAUGGUAAAGGAGAAGACAAACUAUGAAGUACAGUAAACCUACUCUUGAGAGUCCCCAUCGAAUAUGCUGUUCACAUUUUUUCUGGGAAAUAAUGCAACAUUCUCUUGACAUAGAAAAUUUUGUAAGUAAAGCUUUGUCACAGUGCAGCCCAAAGAGCAAAAUGUAAUCAAGGCUGAUUCUGAAUUAAUAUUGUUGAUCCAGCUAGAGUUAUUGAAAUCCACAAACUCUGCUCAUUUCUGUAUAAUACAUAAAAAUUUACUUUUUCUGCUUGUGAAUAUCGUUGCAGCAACGGCAAAAAUUUUUUACAAGUACAUAAUCUAGCAGCUAUGCAAUAUUUUUUUAAAAAUAUAUAGGGACAUGACAAAUACCAUCUUUCAGAGUGCUGCCAGUUGAGCUAAUUUAACGGGUAUUAUAUUUUUUAAUGUUUUAGGUAGUUAUUUUCUUGUACUACCACAGUCUCCAGGCCACCCUUCCUUAGGUUCAGUAGUCACAAGGCAAGAUGAAAUACUUCAUUGGGAUAGCAUCUGGCCUCUUUUUUUUUUUUUUUACUUUUUUUUUAUUGGAGAUCAUAGCAGAUUAUAGUAAUUUGCAUCAGUGUCAUUGAUAUGGUAGCUGUAAUCCUAUACCCAGUUGUAUGUACUUCUUGUCUGAUGUGAACAGACUUACAUAUAUAUAUUUCUGGGUAUGGAAUUAACAACAUUGCCUGUAUUCUUGAAUCUAUAAUGCUUUACUACACAAAUGUGGCUUACCAUAAAUUGUAAAAUGGACUUUCUCGGAUAGGGUAGAAAAGAAGCUCACCAAAUAAAAUUGUGAGUUGUUAAUAAUAUAUUUGGGGAUCUGUUUUGGAAGCAAUUAAAGUAUCUUGUGAAGUUUGUGAUAACAUGAAAAUGUAUUUAAUAAAGGUGAUGGAAACUUAACAUGAAACUUAAAAUGAGAAAAAUAAGAUGUGUUUCAGAUUAUUUCAUUAUAUUUAUGUAUUCUGUUCCCUAAGAUGAUUUUACAAAAAAAAAGUCUUAACUAUUACUGCAUUAACUAUUGCUGUUACAUUGCGCAUAAUUCAUACGCAUAUAGAAAUACUUGGUACAUUGCUAUACAUUCACAACUGUUAAAAAUCUCAGACCAAAUAUACAAUCCACUGAUAAUGUCUUGUGCAGUGUACGUAUGUAUUCAGUGCUGUAGCCAGCAAACAUCACCUUCUUCAGGAAGAAAAAAAUUAUUCUAUUCAAUAUUACAUAGUGAUCAGAAUUUAAUGUUCAGCAACAUGAAAUUCCCAAACCAUAUUUGCUUCCAUUGUGCAAAAUAGCCAGGGAAGGGGCAUUUACAGGAAAGAGGUCAUGAGGAACAAGUGGUAAGAACCCGAGUCUUUUCCCAUUUACUGUUUUUUCUCUAAAGGAUUUAUUUCAUUUUCCAGCACUAAAUACCUAAAACCCCCUAAUAUGAAAGAUCCUCACUUAUUCAGAACAUCCAGUUAAUUAUCUCUUAUCUAAGACAAUCUUAAUUAAAACAUGGUAUUGUGCGUCUAAUGUGGGGAUGAGAGAACUUCAAAAUUGUGGGGAUUUAAUUUGGGUUUUUUUAUUAGAAUCCUGAGAUCAGUCAAAGCCAAGUACAAAAGGCAUAGAAAUAAAACAAAUUUUUGGAUACAAAAUACUUUUCAGAAUCAGAAUCAAACUUAGCUUUUCCAGACAAAGAUCUCUUCCUAAUUAUCCUGUCUUCUUCAUUUCAGUAGAGAGAGUUGUUUUGAGACUGCCCAGUUAGUGACUGGCAAAACAUUCUAACAUCUAUUUAAAACCACAUUGACAUUCUGUUUGUUCAGCACCUCCAAUUUGGUUCCAAUAAAAUGCUAAGAGUUGCAGAGAGGUUCUACAUUUGUCCCUCUGUCUGCUCUGAAAGCACUUUUUAAAAAUCAAAUCCAAAAUAGUACAUAUUCCAAUCAUCUUAGCUUCUGUCCUAUUGUAGACAAGCCCAUCAUUCAAAUUCAAGAUACAUUAUUUAUGUCUGGAACAUCCUACCUUUUUUUUUUUUUGGCUUGCUUCUGUCUUUGACUGAGUUUAGCAACAGGAGCAAGUAUUCUGGCUUGUUUUUUUUUUGUUGCUGCUGCUGUUCAAAACUAAGGCUCCACUCCUAAAUGAUUUGGGAGGAAAUCCACUAAAUGUAUUUCUCAAUAGAUAUGCAUAGAAUUGUACUAAUGGGUAUUUAUACUUAUCACUUCACUGUGCAUGAUUACCUGCACACAAGUACCAUUAAAAAGAUGAAAUCUGGAUUCAAAGUAAAACACACAGAUUCUCUUAACUUUCAUAAAUUUUGCUAAAUAAGAUAAUUUUACUUGCUCAGUGCGUAAGGAAGCAUUUUAUAUUACUAAAGCACAAGAAUUAGUUUAGGCUUAAUAAGUUGGUAAGCUUGGCAUAUAUUUUUGCGUUUCUUAAAAUUUCAGCUUUUCUCAACUCUCCCUCCCAUAAGCCCCCUCCUUUAAAUAGCUUCAUUAUUGUUAAAAUGUUUUCCUUUUCACUAUUAGAAAUGUUACAUCUCCAUUAUUUACUUUGCACUGGAUUGGCUUCUUUUGGGGAAAUAUGGUCUUGGAGCAAGCACAAAUUUAGAUACGGAAGUGUUGCAAAAGAAACCAGGUAGUGGGAACCAGAUGCUGGAUGCCUUGCAAAUACCUCCCUCAGCUCAUUUUGCAUAUUGGAAGUAUCAGGUGUUUUGUUGCCAAAACCUGGCUUCAGUCAGACUUAGAAGGAAUUCUGUGCUUUUCUGUUAUGUUUGUAGCGUUCAGAUUUUUUUUAAAGAGCUGUAGGCAAUUGCAGCAGUAUAUUAUUCUUUCCUUGAUUAUUUGAAUUGUCUCCUCUGACAGGGAAGUGUUGAAUUAACAUUAACUUCAAUUGUUUCAGCUUUUGCCUGUGAUAGCCCUGCAUUAUACCUUUGAAAAACAAUUCGUCCUUUGAAAUUAAUUAGAAAGCUUUGCUACGUUAGCUGGGGUUUGGUGAUUUUUCCAGGAGCUCUGGUGCUAGUACCUGAUGCUCAGGUGAAACCUGUACUUGUCACUUACGCUUGUUCUGACUAUCUUUUAAAUCCUGUUCAUACAUUUUACAUAAAUAGCUAAAAAUACAUAGUGAUAUGUUUCAUUUAGACAAAAGACUAGAGCUCUGCAACACUUUGGGAUCUGAUCUCCAGAAAGGAUUUUGGAACAUGCAAUAGUGCUGCUGUAGCACCUGUCUGCAGGGUCUUAAAUACCUGCAUCCUUUUCCUGGGCAUAGGUCACCUGGCUGCCCUCUGCCAUGCAAUCCUGCGAGAAGUCCCAGCUGGUUUAAGGUACUGUGGGGAGAUAUGUGUAUUGUGCUCCUGUGUACACCAAAGGACUUCUUGGAGUUUGGAUGCAAAAUACUGCACAGCCCUACCCAAGAAUAUAAAAAAAAAGUUGCUAAUAAUAUAUCAGGGAGCCAAACUGGCCACAGUUUCUGGAGAUGCACACAUUGGUUGAUUUCAUUGUGUUUUAAAAACCCAUUUAAGAGACUUGUCGGGUUUUUGACUUCUGUCUUUUCAAUUCUAACUUCUCGUUUGUUUGUUUGAGGUUUUGUUUUCUUACCUGUUUUAUUCUGUACCGUUCAAGCGUCCAGCAAAAGCUGAUGGAUCUAAUAAGAAAUGCUAAUGCUUCUUGCUAGGUCCAGUACAGUUUCUGAACUCGCUGUUACUUCUCUCUCUCGCUAAUUUCGAAUUUUCAAUGCUUUGUGGAACAGACACACUGGUACAAACAAUUCUUACAUCAUACUGUUGUGAGUUUAUCUUGGUGCUGGUUUUCUUGAUAGCAGAACUUGCUAUUUUACUUCUUUGUCCUUAGUUUUCUAAUCUUUUUCUUCUUUCUUCUUCCAAAUAGCUACCACACAUUACAAUUUGCCGUACCUUCUUUCUUUGUGCAACUCUCAUGUUGACCUCAGUCCCCACAGGAAUGCCUUAUAAGGGAGGAGGGUUUUCCCCCUGUUAUUUUAAUUGCAACCACUUCCUGAAAUUCAAUAGGGGUAGCUUUCCUCAGAUAUUCAGGCUUCUGGACAAAUCCUACACAAAGAUAUGUGAAGGUUAAAAUCUGUAAUCAGAGUUUGUAUUAGAUAAACUGCUCUGCGCAAUAGAUUGAAAAGUCAGAAGUGCAUUGUUCUAAAUUAAUUCACCGAUGAAGUCAAAUUGUGGCUGUGGUGCUAAGAUAAAACUAUGUAAAUUAAAAGAUCAGGCCUUCACUGAGUUUAAUGUAGUGGUGACAACCUGUUUGCAAUCAAGAGCUACAUUCUUUCAUGAGAAAGUUGUCAGAGGCCCUAUCUGGCUGGGGUGAUGCCAAAUUCCAAAGUGGUGCAAAUGGCCUUUUCUGUCACCUUCUUUUUCCUUUUAAUAUUUCUUUUUCCAUUUCAUUAUCACCUCUUCACACACUACCCAUCUAUUCAUUGAAACAGAAACAUGCACACAAAUACAGUCCUGGUAAUGUCAUUUAUCCAUCUAUCCAUUCAACUCUUCCAGUCAUUCUCCUCUAUCUCACACAUUCACACUUCCCCAUUGGUCCAUCUUAUCAGUGAUUGAAUGGAUAUCUCCACUGUCCGCUUUGAAGGACUAGGCAAGCAUAGGAUCUGAAAACAUGCCAGCUUGCUUUCUUGCAGUGGCAGCAGUGCAUUGAAGUGCAGUAUGAAGGUUUGGAAGGUGUUAGGAGCAAAACCAUAAAAGGGCAGCACCAGCAAUAUGGUUCCAAAAAUGGGUUAUGUUAUUUCAGUCAUCGUUCUCUGUGGUUGAGAUAUACAUGUGCUGGCCUGCUCUUCUUUUUCUCUGGCAGUAGCAUGACGGCCUGCAUGAUGAUGUGGGAUGCAUAGUGGGAGAUUGAAAUCCACAUGUAGACUAGUUAAUGCCACUAUGUUGAAAGUUAAAUUACACUUCUUCAACCUGAUGUAGUCCUAGCACAUCUGGAGAGCAACACUCUAAAUUCCCAACCAGGUGAUAGUUGUCUCAGCACACUUUGAGCCAUCAAGAUGGGGAGGGCUGCUAUAAACAAAUGUAAAGCAAUAGUACUUAUUGAGGCUGCCAGUUUAACCAGUGUAUAUUUGGAAAAUUGAUACAAUAGGGUAUGUAUGCAUGUAUGUACGUAUAUUUCAGCAGAGGUUAUUCCCUGAGGUACCAUUAAUGGUGUGCAAUAGUUGCUUGCAGGAGUCAUCAGUCCAAUUUUUUGUUUUAGUUUGUGACAGGUCUUGCAUUGCUUCAGCGUGGAUAUUUCCCUAAAUCUGAAAAGUCUAGAUGGUAGAGUUUGAUUGAUUAAUCAACUAAAAUAUUGAUCAGUGAGAACUGUCUUUAAUGAGGCAUAAAUUAAUUCGUGCAGUAGUUAGAUUUGCUUAAUUCUGAAACUAUUUCAGCUCUAGAAUGUCCUUGAAAAAAGAAUAAAAAUGAAUUUAAGAUAGUCCUUCUAUUAAGUUGUGAACUGUUUAUUAAAAUUGUAGAGUACUGUGGAUUGCCUUCAAUAUCCCAAAAUGCAAUUAUAUUGAGGUAUUAAGGCAGAAAUUAAGAAUGUCUUAAUUGAUUUCAUAGAUUAAUUGAUCUAAAAGUGCCAAUCAAUUAAUUGUUGACUGUUCUGUUUACAAGAGCUAUAAAGUUCAUCUUGAUUUAACACCUUUCCCUGUUUUGACACCCUGACUUUUAAACAUCCGCAACAAAAGCAAAGGAUUGUUCACACAAACUGCAAAGGUGGUUCUUGGAGAAAUCAUAUAGUCUUUGGUUUCAAAGUGUCAGAUUUUCAGGUAACUUUUUCCAUGUUGACUUUUUGUUUGGUGGUUGUUUGCCAAGGAGCCACUGUUGCAGACAAUUUGGGAAUGUGGCGUCCAUAAUUCAUGUGAGGUACUGGCCACCUCGUAGAUGUUAGUAUGGCUGAAGGUGGUCUACAGAUUCUGCUAAGUCAUAGCAUGGUUUCUUUGGCUUGGGAUUAGCAUGUUGUGUGAAUUCAGCCAUUGUUGGCACACCAUGAUUUAAGAAUUGUGAUGUCUGAGACCAGCCAAUUACAACUUAUUUAAAAAAUGGUUAAACCAUGACAUAGCACAAUGUGUAUCUGGUAUGUCUGAUAAUAUAGCCAGAUCUUAAAUGCAAAUAUAUAUUGUAGGCAAGGUUUUGUAACAGUAGGCAAGCUUCAUAAUAGGAAACUUGUCUGCCCUUUUUGAUCUUCUCAUUGUGAAACUCCUAAAAAGCUUCCAAUAUUUUCCUGAAACUGUGAUAACCAUUAGCCUUAUAUAGGCAUUCAUUAAAGUAAGGUUGAAAUGUGAUUUUGGUUUAACAAGGAUUCUAAUGUCACUUCCCUACUAGCCUUAAAUACACAGAAUAAUUUGAAAAAUAAAAGGGGAGAUAAGAUAUUAGAAUGUACAUUUGAAGAAGCUAAAUUGCCAGGCCAGCUCUUAAAUGUGAGAUGAUGAUUAAGGAAAAACUGGACUGGCGAAGGGUAUGAGCUUUUUAACCCACCUGGAGCUAUUUGGAUGGUUGAAAGAACCCACUGAAAAUCAGAAGUUCAAAUUAACUAUUUCCACAAAAUGGGAGAUGGAACUUUGGGCAUGAACAAUUUAGCGAGAAACGUUAUAUUUGGUGAUGGCAAUGAACAAGAAGUCUUCCUUCAUUAUUCUGUUGAUAAAAGAAUGUAAUUAGUAAUGUUGAAUGUAAAAUAUGUUUGUAAUUUUUUUUAAUGAGCUAUAUGACUGGGAAAAAUUACUUGAGGAUUUUUUUUAAAGGUACAUCUUGUACUUGGUCUGCCAGUAUACAAUCAUGAUUUUUAUUUUACUGAUCUAGGUUGUACAUUUUAAGUAACAUUCCAUUUGUUUAAAAUAUGUACAUGUUAAUAAAUUUUGAAGCAUACUUUCCUUUA